AUGCAUUCGGGAUUUCCGCUGGUAUCGUUGCUUUCCUACCUGCUCGUUUGCAAUACCUCGGCCGGGCCAGUUGUUUACGAGAACGUUGCCGAGGACGAUGUCGUCGCCGUCGGCUCGUACAUCCGCGAGGUGCGCCAACCGGCGCCGUUGAAAGUCGCCGCGGAAGUGGAGGACCUAAUGAGCGCCGGUAACGCGCCGGAGUCACGAGAUAAUAAAAAACGCAUGAAAAACGUAUCUGGCAAAUCAGACGAGGGCGGUUACUACAGAACCUACGGGAGCGAUGCGGAGGGCGAGAAGGGUUACUUGAAGGAGACCUACGGCAAAGGUGAUCAAGGCUACAAGACUCUCGACACCUUCCACAAACAGGACGGCGACAAGUACGAGUUUGAGACGCAAACUGCCUAUGGCAAGGAUCUGGCUGACGAUAACAAGAAGAAGAAGCAUGAAGAGAAGAAGGCUCGCGACCACGAGAGUGCAGGUACUAUGGUCGAUACCGAGUACGCCGGAGACGAGGGAGAUCACGGGAGCGAAUACUCGCACUAUACCGGAAGCGACGAUGGCGAUCACUAUAGUAGCCACUAUACGGAGAAAGAGCCGGAAUCCACGGGUUACGGCCAUAACGAAAAUUAUUCCUCCGGAGGUGGCGACGAGGAAUCCUACGAGACUCACGGCUCUUAUCAUUCCGACGACAAAGGGGAAGAGGAAGACGACGGGGAUCACUAUUAA